GUCUGCGCGUUUCCUUCCCGGCGCGGUGAUGAUGGUGCAUUGUGCGGGCUGCGAGAGGCCGAUUUUGGACCGCUUCCUGCUGAACGUCUUGGACAGGGCAUGGCACAUUAAAUGCGUCCAGUGCUGCGAGUGCAAAUGCAACCUUACCGAGAAAUGCUUCUCCAGGGAAGGAAAACUCUACUGCAAGAAUGACUUCUUCAGGAGGUUUGGCACCAAAUGCGCCGGCUGCUCCCAGGGCAUCUCCCCCAGCGACCUAGUCCGGAAAGCCCGGAACAAAGUGUUCCACCUGAACUGUUUCACCUGCAUGGUUUGCAACAAGCAGCUCUCCACGGGCGAGGAACUGUAUAUCAUAGACGAAAACAAAUUUGUUUGCAAAGAGGACUAUUUGAACUCUCCCAGUUUGAAGGAAGGAAGCCUCAAUUCAGUGUCCUCAUGUACAGACAGGAGUUUGUCCCCGGAUCUCCAGGACCCCAUGCAGGACGACACCAAGGAGACGGACAACUCCACCUCCUCGGACAAGGAGACCACCAACAACGAGAAUGAGGAGCAGAACUCGGGCACCAAGCGGCGAGGGCCCCGCACCACCAUCAAGGCCAAGCAGCUGGAGACCCUCAAAGCCGCUUUCGCAGCCACCCCCAAGCCCACCCGGCACAUCCGCGAGCAGCUGGCCCAGGAGACCGGCCUCAACAUGAGGGUCAUCCAGGUCUGGUUCCAGAACCGCCGGUCCAAGGAGCGCCGGAUGAAGCAGCUGAGCGCGCUGGGCGCCCGCCGGCACGCCUUCUUCCGCAGCCCGCGCAGGAUGCGGCCCCUGGGCGGCCGCCUCGACGAGUCCGAGAUGCUCGGCUCGACGCCCUACACGUACUACGGAGAUUACCAAGGUGACUACUACGGGCCGGGAGGCAACUAUGACUUUUUCCCCCACGGGCCCCCCUCCCAGGCCCAGUCCCCGGCCGACCCCAGCUACCUUCAGAACUCAGGACCCGGCUCCACGCCCCUGGGACCCCUGGAGCCCCCCCUAAGCGGACACCACUCCUCAGAAAACCAAAGGUACACGGAUAUGAUCUCGCACCCCGACACCCCCAGCCCCGAGCCGGGGAUGACGGGCUCGCUGCACCCCAUCCCGGGGGAGGUCUUCAGCGGGGGGCCCAGUCCACCCUUCUCCAUGUCCAGCAAUAGCGGCUACAGCGGGGCCCUCGCGCACCCCAACCCGGAGCUGAGCGAGGCAGCGGUGUGGUAG